AUGAUAUUUUCCAGCCUGAGUAACAAAAAUGUAACCGUCACGGGUCAGCGCACUAAAUUGCCGUCAACUACUAAAAAUACUGCAGAUACGUUUUCACGCAACUAUCGCAUCGUAGCCACCAGUGUCAAGUGCAGUCACAAAAUACCCCAUAUCAUCGAAUUUUUUCAUUGUUACACCACUUCGCGGAAUAAUCGCACAUACACUUCCGGAUCGCUGUUACUUCGGCAACCCGUAAGCCGCUUGCCAGCAAAUUUGGUACUGGAUCUUUAUCGGCCGAAUGGAAAUCGCAUGAAUAUAUUCAAUGUAACCAUCGAUUGCUGCUCAGUUCUGGCGUCUAGAAAGCAUGGUCUGAAGUUGUUUGAUAACUUGUUGAAAAUUAUGUACGACACAGUUAAUGUGGUACCGACGUGUCCGUUAAAGGCACAUUUCAAUUAUACCAUCACGGAUUUUGAUGUCGAUGAAGCAAUUCUGCCUGCUUAUAUACCUAAAUCGAAUUUUCGCGCUGGCAUGUAUCUUCACACGAAGGGGUUUCAAAGCACUUCUGUUCUAGCGGAGGGAAGAAUUGUAAACGCCAAUUAA